GAGCCCUGGAGUUGUUGAGCAAACAGUGCUGGGCGGGCUGAGAGGAAGUGAAGUGUGGGGGGGCGGGUAAGGGAAACUUCCUGGGCUAGAGCAACGGGCUGGACUGAUUUGACAGCAGGCACACUGGGGAGGGAGACAGAGUCCACGCUGGAUCCCUAUCCGUGCUAGUUGAGCUAACCGCUCCGGGAGCUUUGGACAGAGCCCACAUCUGGACCGGGCUCGCCAUGGCUGGACUGAAGACGGCGAGCGGGGAUUACAUCGAUGCCUCCUGGGAGCUGAGAGUGGCUGUGGAGGAGCUGGGGCCCGAGGCUGAGCCCCUCACCCUGCGAGUCACCGGGGAUGUACACAUUGGGGGCAUCAUGCUGCAGAUUGUGGAUAAGAUCAAGGAGAAGCGGAACUGGUCAGACCAUGCACUCUGGUGGGAGCAGAAGAAACUCUGGCUGCUCAAGACAAACUGGACCCUGGAUAAGUACGGGCUGCAGGCAGAUGCCCGUCUCCAGUACACACCUCAGCACAAGCCGGUGCGGCUGCAGCUGCCCAAUCGGCGGAUGAUCCGCGUCCACGCUAGCUUCUCUGAGCCCGUCUUCCGUGCUGUGGCUGGCAUCUGCCGGGUGCUGAGUAUCCGGCAUGCCGAGGAGCUGUCACUGCUGCAGGCGCCUGAGGAGAAGGACAAGAAGAAGCGGAAGGGGCCGGUGCUGGGGACAGAGGAUGAUUUUGACCUAAGCGGGAUAGUGCUGCCAGCCAGUGUGGAGCAGCAGCCAUUUCGGGGGAUGCCGGCCCAUUUCUUGGACAACCCCACCACUGAGGCCUGUUACCAGAUGCUGUCAGUGAGCUGGACCGGCCUGAGGCCCGAGCACGUGCUGAAGAUGCCUCGGCCCAGCAACCUCAUGGAGAAGGCCCAGAUCAAUAGCCGGUGGCUGAGCUCCUCGCGGUCACUGAUGCAGCAGGACGUGCGGGAGAACGAGCAGCUCUGGCUGCGGUUCAAAUAUUACAGCUUCUUUGACCUGGAGCCCAAGUACGACGCAGUGCGCAUCACCCAGCUUUACGAGCAGGCACGCUGGGCCGUGCUGCUGGAGGAGACCGAAAGCACUGAGGAGGAGAUGAUGGUCUUUGCUGCGCUGCAGUAUCACAUCAACAAGCUCUCCCUGAGUGCUGACCCCACAGAGCCAGCCGGGGAGCAAGGCAUGGAUGACCUGGACUCAGCCCUGUCCAACCUCCAGAUCAAGCUGGAGGGGGGGACAUCAACCUCGGACAUGCUGGAAAAUCUCACCACCAUCCCUGAGCUGAAGGAUUAUCUCCGGAUAUUCAGGCCCCGCAAGCUGACACUGAAGGGCUAUAAGCAGCACUGGGUGGUGUUCAAAGAGACCUCCAUCUCCUACUACAAGAGCCGCGAGGAGGCCCUGGGUGAGCCCGUGCAGCAGCUCAAUCUCAAGGGCUGUGAGGUGGUACCGGAUGUCAACAUCUCAGGCCAAAAGUUCUGCAUCAAACUGCUGGUGCCAUCUCCGGAGGGGAUGAGCGAGGUGUACCUGCGCUGUGAGGAUGAGCAGCAGUAUGCCCGCUGGAUGGCAGGGUGCCGGCUGGCAGCCAAGGGCCGGACCAUGGCAGACAGCACGUAUCAGUCUGAGGUGCAGAACAUCCUGUCCUUCCUGCAGCUUCAGAGAGCCAGUCCUGAUGCGCCCGCGGCCCCCGAUGCCGAGGCCGUAGGCACCCAGUGGCUGGUGUCCCCACGCUACCAGAAGAAAUUCAAGCCCAAACAAUUAACCCCGCGCAUCCUGGAGGCCCAUCAGAAUGUGGCCCAGCUCUCACUCACCGAGGCCAAGAUGAGGUUUAUCCAGGCCUGGCAGUCACUGCCUGAUUUCGGCAUCUCCUACUUUGUGGUCAGGUUCAAGGGCAGUAGGAAGGAUGAGAUCCUGGGCAUCGCCAAUAAUCGUCUGAUCCGAAUCGACCUGGGCGUGGGAGACAUGGUGAAAACCUGGCGGUAUAGCAACAUGCGCCAGUGGAAUGUCAACUGGGACAUCCGUCAGGUGGCGAUUGAGUUUGAUGAGCACAUCAAUGUGGCAUUCAGCUGUGUGUCAGCCAGGUGCAAUAUCGUGCACGAGUACAUCGGGGGGUACAUCUUCCUGUCCACCCGCUCCACCGACAAGGGCCGGGGCCUCGACGAGGAGCUUUUCUACAAGCUGACAGGAGGCCAUGAGGCCCUGUGAGCACUCAGCACUGCUCCUAUCCCCUGCUGGGUACCAGGGGGCAGCAGGCACCAACAUGGGCCCUGCUAAUAUUGGCCCCACCUCCAGGGAGGGAGCAGCCCUCACCCACCCAUCCCAACCACCUACCCCCAACAUACCCACACAACACAGUCCCCUACCCCCCUUCCCUCCUACCCACAACACAGCCCACCAAUCCCUACACACACAUUCCCAAGUCACUCCCCACCAUGCACCACAACCCCAGUCUCCACGUUUCCAUACACACUCAGCUAACCAACCCAGCCAGCCCAAAACCUGCUACUCCUCAAAUUCCCUACACACCGUGACCCAACACCACAUCACAAUGGCCUAUACAACCCCAGCCCAAGCCACCCCUUAAUCCACCCAUCCCUUCUCGUGCUCCCUGCCACCUCAGCACUCUUGCAUGUGCUCUAUGGGAGGAGGAGUACAGGUCCCCAGCCAGCACCCCCUACCCCAGUGGGGGAGGGGGGAAGCAAGUGCAGCAAAUCCAGAAGAGAGGCGAUUAAAGAGCCUGCAGCAGAUGGAACAAUAGGGAUUUUAUUUUACACUGCUUUCUCCUGCCUCAUUCUCCUCCAUGCCAUGGCCUUGGACUCUGUGUGGGUCACUCAAGGGGUAGCAAUCGCCCUGAAAGAGAAAAGGAUUCAGAAACGGGUUGGCAGAAUCUGGCUUUCCUGAACCUGUCUGCCCUUGCCAACUAUGCUAGGGAAUAACAGGACCCUACAGCGGCUCAUGGGCACUUCUCUGCCACUCUCUGGGAAUGGAUCAAAACCACAGCUACUUGGAUUCUGCCACGAGCUGCCAGCCAGGCAUAUUAACUGGGACUGCAAACACAGAGUAAUAAACCAAGCUCUCACCA